AUUGUCAAUCAGACUUUGAAUGUAACAGGAGUUAAUAUGACCACAGUUUGCUAUCCAAACUCAACUGGAGCUCUGCAGUGUCAGUGUGAGGAUCAGUUUGUCUGGUCAUGUGACCAGUGUAAGAACUAUGGUGUGUGCGGUAACCUCACCACACACACCUGUGGAUGCAUAAAUGGACUUCCUUCUGACGGAGGGUUGUGUGAACCAAUCACAAGUAUUCCUCCAUGUCCACUACCUUAUGUGGAUGCUGAUUUGGUCCUUGAGCUGCACAUCCCAGUCUCCAGCAUAUCAUCAAAUGGCAUUGAUGUUUUCAGAGAAACUCUGAGAAGGUUCAGCUUCCCCUACAUUGUCAAUCAGACUUUGAAUGUAACAGGAGUUAAUAUGACCACAGUUUGCUAUCCAAACUCAACUGGAGCUCUGCAGUGUCAGUGUGAGGAUCAGUUUGUCUGGUCAUGUGACCAGUGUAAGAACUAUGGUGUGUGCGGUAACCUCACCACACACACCUGUGGAUGCAUAAAUGGACUUCCUUCUGACGGAGGGUUGUGUGAACCAAUCACAAGUAUUCCUCCAUGUCCACUACCUUAUGUGGAUGCUGAUUUGGUCCUUGAGCUGCACAUCCCAACCACAACCACAACCCCAACCCCAACCCCAACCACAACCCCAACCCCAACCCCAACCACAACCACAACCACAACACCAACACCAACACCAACCACAACCCCAACCCCAACCCCAACAUCUGGUGUGAGAAAGUUGUCGUUUGCCAUGAACCUGGACUACAAACCUGCCUACAACAACCCCAGCAAUCCAGUUUAUCAAGAUGUUAAUGCCACUAUUCAAAAGCAAAGUAGGGAGCACAUCCCAACCUUAAAAUCAGCUACGUUAACAGGAUUCAGGAGUGGAAGCACCGUCGUGGAUUACAGCAUCACAGCAACUGCAUUUGAAGAAAGCCAAAUCGAAGCAUUAAAACUUGGGAUAUUUACAAAACUGGCAGAAAGCUAUCGUAUGAUAUUUGACAGCCCAACAUCCAUAACGUUUGCUCCCCCUUUUUUGGGAAGUCGUGUGAUUUUGAAUUGUGGUCCAAUACCAACUUAUCUCAAUUUCAAUGGCAGCUGGACCGCAGAGUGGAGACGUGACGGCGAGUUAAUACUUGAAGAUAGUCUACACAGUUUAGGGAAAAACAGGGAAAGUGGAAAUUUAACAGUGACAAGAUUUUAUCGCACUGACAAUGGAAACUACGAAUGUAGGCUGGAAGAAAGACACCUCUUCAGACAGAAAUCCGACACAUCUUUCUCUUAUAAGGACACACCCUUAGUCCGAGUAUCACCAGUGAAACAAAGGGUCAAGUGUGAGGUGGGAAAGAGUGUGUCACUGACGUGCUCUGUCAACAGCCCCUACGAGGUUGAGUUUAAAGAUGUAGAUGGAUCCGAUAAAGGUGGUGAAAUCACUCAUAUACAUGAAAUUGAGGAGUGUCCAACCUCGAUGGAGAAGUUCACUUGUCAAUUGGUAAACUCAUCUGAAUUUAAAAAUGAAAUAAGACUGGAGUUCACCACGGGGGCCUUCUUAUGUGUCGAUGAAAGUGAGUUUGGCAUUGGAAAUCUUGGUGACCGGGCUGAAGGUGCUUGUGAUUCAACUGAGGUGGGGAAAAGGAUAGCAGAGUGUCAGGGAAAUGGAACCUGGAAAGUUGUAGAAGAACAAUGCAUCCUAAAGGAAAUUCAGGAGCUGCUUGACCAGUCUGAGUUCCUGACUAAUAAUUCACUGGCAGCAUUCCUGAAACAACUCAGAAAUGUCACUCUCCGGUUCAAAGAGAAGGUGGUUGAAUCAUCGCCCAACAUUAAUGCCAUCGUUGAAAUAUUCGAUAAUGUAGCAGACACUACAUCAUCUUUAAAUAUCUUGAUAACUGAAACUGAAAUGAAGGAUAUCCUAUUCACUGCAGAUGUCCUCACUGCAGAUGAGUCAAGGCAACAAUGGGACUUUCUAAACACCAAAUCCACUGUAAAGAGCUCAGUAGCAAAACGUAACGUCCGCAAAGCUAAUACUGCCAGCUCAUUAUUUUUGCAGUCUCUUGAGACUAUAACAAAUAACAUUAACAGUAACUCUUUUGAGAUUGUUACACCUUCUAUUCUCUUGAACAAAACCACAUUCACAGACAACUUCAGUGGUGACUUUAAUUCUUCAGUGGAGAUAGACAUACCAGAGGCUAAUGGAGGAAAUAAGUCGAUCACUGUGAUAACAUUUUCCUCAAUGGAUAACGUGCUCCCAGCAAGAGACGAAGUCAAUUCAACCCUCAAUGUCAUCAAUGGGAAGGUCGUGCUUGUCCAGUCCGUUGGCACCGUCAAUAAUAUUUCCUUUGCCUUUGAUAUCAUCAACAAUACUCUGGGGAACCCACAGUGUGUUUUCUGGAACUUCAGCCUCUUCGAUGGCCUGGGAGGAUGGGACGACGAGGGCUGCAAUUUGACAUUCAACGUUAACAACACCGUCACCUGCACAUGCAACCAUCUGACCUCCUUCUCCAUCCUUAUGUCGCCCUCUGUUCCUGAUUUCCCUCUGUUGGAUUAUAUAACCUAUAUUGGAGUUGGCAUAUCCAUGGCCUCCUUGGUUAUAUGCCUCAUCAUUGAAGCUGUCAUAUGGAGAAAAAUUCGAAAGAGCACCACCUCCUACUUGCGUCAUGUGUCCAUUGUUAACAUUGCUUUGUCCCUCCUGAUUGCAAACAUUUGGUUUAUUAUUGCAGCAGCCAUCUCAGAUGCAGAGGUGAAAAACCAACCAGCAUGCACUGCGGCCACCUUUUUCAUCCAUUUUUUCUACCUAGCCCUGUUUUUCUGGAUGUUAGCCUCAGCUCUGCUUUUGCUCUACCGCACAGUCAGUGUGUUUGGUGGGGAUUUGUCAAAGCGUUCUUUGUUGGCUAUCGGAUUCUGUUUAGGCUAUGGGGCACCCCUCAUCAUUGCAAUCAUAACCAUAGCUGUAACUGCACCCGCAAACACCUACAUCAGAGAAACUGGGGUCUGCUGGCUCAACUGGAAUCAGUCCAUGGCUCUACUGGCAUUUGUGAUCCCUGCACUGAUUAUAGUGGUAAUAAACCUGGGCAUCCUGUUUGUGGUGUUGUACAAAAUGUUGAGGAGAAGGGCAGUGGUAGAUGCUGCACAGGCCGCAGAGAGGAACGCUCUUGUGGUUAUCGCUCGGACUUUGGCCUUCCUCACACCAUUUUUUGGAUUAACUUGGGGUCUGGGAGUUGGAACUAUGACUGACCCACACAAUAUAGGAAUCCAUGUUGCAUUUGCAUUCUUCAAUUCACUGCAGGGUUUCUUCAUAUUGUUGUUUGGAACACUGUUGGACAAAAAGGUGCGGACAGAAAUAGCAUUGAUGUCACAGACAUCCAGAAGUGGGACACAGAGCACCAGCGGUGGAACGUCAUCAUCAAACGGACUGGGCAUUUUCCGCAACUGGAGAAGAGGAAGAGAUGGUUACAACGUGUCAUCUAAUGAAUCGGGUGCAUCGCACUCCUUCAUCAACACGUGAUGAUCGGCUUUGGAAAACCAACUAUUACACAAUUUUCUUUUCUUCAUUGCAGCGACAAACAAGGAAAGAUGAUCAAAUGUUUAUUUAAAUCAUAAUUUGAAGAUUUUUAUUUAGUCAAAGCAUUGCUCACAACAACACUGAUGCAAUUAGCAUAAACGAUUUAUUUAGUAUUACAUACUUUUUGUUAAUGUAAAAUAUAAAUGGUAUUGUAUGAAUGAUUUGAUCGUAUGAAUGAUCAUGUUUUUCUUUUCUUUUGUUAUUUAAUAUAUUUUGUCUUGUUUACACAGUCACAUUAUGUGAACUGGUCAGGUCCCCAUUGAAUGUAGUGAUUUACAUUCUAUGGUGAAGACACACAUCAAGGUUUGUGUAAGAUUAGGAUUUGGCAAGUAGUGGUAAUGGUACAGGGUUAGAUUAAGUAACUAAGAAAUUAAGUCAAUGACAUCAGAACUCUUCAAGACAUGGCUGUGUGUGUGUGUGUGUGUGUGUGUGUGUGUGUGCGUGCGUGCGUGUGUGUGUGUGUGUGUGUAAUAGACAAUCAAAUGUCCACAAAGUAGAUGCAAAAUGGUUUGUUAUGGUUUGCCAAUCAAAUCAGUUACACAAGGCAAAAUUGUGUUACACAGAUCAGUGAACUUGUUUACUUAAGGGGUGGCAAGUUGUCUUAGUAUCAGGUAAAUGGAGCACCAGGAAUCACUCACAGGUUAGGGUUGAUAAUUUUGGUGUGUGUGUGUGUGUGUGUGUGUGUGUGUGUGUGUGUGUGUGUGUGUGUGUGUGUGUGUGUGUGUGUGUGUGUGUGUGUGUGUGUGUGUGUGUGUGUGUGUGUGUGUGUGUGACAUACACAACAAAUGCUACUUGAUAUUCAGUGUGGUUUUUUUGCAGUCGUCCACUGCAACAUAAAACUGAAAAAGUCGCAAGAUCACAGUUUUAGAGGGUAGUAGUGGGUGACAUGGUGACGAACAAAUGAUACAGAAAUGUUCAACUUUAUCAAAGCUCCAUCAAUCCUGUUCUUUCAAUUGUAUUUCAGGAACUUGAAUUCUUAGUACUGAAAUUGCAGAAGUAAACAUUUCAGUUAUUUUGCCUUUAUUGUUUUUGCCUGGGAGUGAAAAACAAAGCAGCACAGUGGAAGUAACAAAGAAGCCCAUUGAGAGUCACUUCAUUUAUGUAAAGUAAGUCUCCUGCAGAACCACAGGCAACAAUGACUGGCACAGAGUAUAAAAGUCACACUACCCGUGUUUUUAUAUAAUGCAUUUGACAGUGUAAUAAGUAAUAUUUGUAUGCCUCCACGUCAUUAUGGGGCUGUUUGCCGUCUCCCAUUCUUAUGAUAUCUCCAGAAUCCUUAAGGAAAUUUCUUUAAAGUUGGUAUAAAUAUUCACUUGGACUCGAGGAUGAAUUGAUUCAAUUUUGGUCAAAGAUCAAGGUGACAGUGACACAGUCACAAAGCAUAUUUAUUUGCCUUAUGAAAGCAAUAUCUCCAGAAUGAAUUAACUUGUUUUUGUAGCCAAAAGUGAAGGUGGCCUUGCAUAGUAUUUUAUUGUUUUCCCUAAAGUGAUAUCUCAAGAUCAGCAAACAUUCACUUUGAUUCAAAGAUGAGGUGAUAAGAUCUUUUCAUGUUCGAAGGUCAACUUUGUUGUGAAUACGAUAUAUCAGGCAUGCCCAAAGGGAAUUUCAUUACAUCUGGCAAAAACAUUCACUUGGACUGAAGGAUUACUUGGUUAAAAUUUGGUGGUCAAAGGUCAGUGUCACGGUGGGUUCUCGAAGCAUGUUUUUGCCAUCUUGAAUGUGAUAUCUCAAGGCCCCCAUGAGGAAAUUUCUUCUACACUUGACCAGUUGUCACUUAGACUCAAAGAUGAACUGAUUAGAUAUCAGUGGACAAAGGUCACGGUGACCUUAUAUGGAUGGAAGUGAAUGAAGAAAAGAUCUAUGUUGACUUAAAUUGUUGUCAGAGGCAUACAACCGCAGUGCCUUAUUUUUUAUAUUUAAAAUUGUUUUUCUAAUAGAGCUUAUGUGUAGCUUAAAUAAAUGAUGUGUUUGUCAGUAAAGAAAAGUUCUGUGUAAUUAGAAUUAAACCGUUUAAAACCCCAUCUAACCUUCUGUGUCAGUCCGGCACAUUCUUUUGCACUCUGGUAUAUUACAUGUCUCUGGUUUUAGCAUGUGAUUGUGAUUUGUGGAUUUGUAGUUUUUGAGAAUAUAUUAGUAAAUUACUUCCUUCAAUAACUACCUAAACUAUUCAAGUCAAUAGCAAUAUAUAGUCAACGAUUUAAUAAAUUAUUCCUCAUUAUAUACCCUAUGCUGUUCCUUCAUACUCCCAUAUAUAAACUACUAUGUGGACGAGUGGGAAAAUACUUAAUAGACAAUCUUCUCUUUUCAAAGAAGACAACAACAACAAAACCAAGCCACACUUUAUAAAACUAAAACAUAAGAUUAAAGACUUCAUUGACUUCAAAACCAGUCAAAUCAUGAAUGAAGCAAAACACAAAGAAGUGAUUACCCAGUGGUAUCCAGCUGCAGUUUCAAAUGAAAGACAAAAAUUUAGAAGAAUUUAUAUGUUAAAGAAACAAUCAGUGAGGACAAAUACUUAAAAUCAUUGUAUUGCAACCAAGGGUGUUACUCUAUGGAACGGCUGUGAUGGCAAUAUGAAAACAUGUCCGACAUUUUAUAAAUUUGAAUUUAAUUGUGAUGGGGAAGUAGCACAGUAAGACAGAAUAGGAUAUGUAAAUAACUUUAUUUGCUUAAAUUUUGUUUAUCUGCCCUCGCUGUGUCAUGCAUGUUUAUUUUUACUGAUUGAGUUUGAGCUGUCUAUGAGGAAAGUGGGAAUACUGUGGCAUUUCACAAAAUGUUUUCACUAAAUAUGAAAAAAGGGGGUAGCACUCCAUAAGUAUGCACUUCCAGUGCCUUUUUUUCUUACUUACACAUAUGUUUUAUGUUGUAAGAUGUUCAAAAUAAACAAAAACCUAACCUAA